AUCGGGAGCAUCGGAGAUCGGUUGAGUGGGGGAGGUCAUGUUUGUUUCGCUCAUAAAAUAGAAGUGAAGUUUCAUUUUAGAGCCAUAAAGUUUAUGAUAUGAAACUAGGCAAUGAACACCACAUUGAGGCUUCUUCAUUUGAAAUGGAAUCUCCCCAAUUAAGAUCAAAGAGAAUCAGGGCUAGGCCUAGCAGCACAACUAGCCACUCCAAAGGCAUGCUCAUGUCAAUGAAUGAACUGAGGAAACAGGAGCUUUUGUGUGAUGUUGUGCUUUGUGUUGAGAAACAAAUGUUUCCUGCACACCGGAUUGUCAUGGCAGCUAGCAGUGAUUAUUUCUGUGCAAUGUUUACAGGAGAGAUGUUUGAAAGUCACAGACAGCAAGUGGAACUGCAGGGUUUGAAGUCAUCGACUAUGAAGAUUCUUAUCGAGUACAUUUAUACAGAAAGUAUUCAGAUCACUGUUGAAAAUGUCCAAGAAGUAUUGCCAGCUGCUUGUCUUUUACAACUCAAAGGUGUUGAAAAGUCCUGCUGCACUUUCUUAGAAAACCAGCUCGACCCAACAAACUGCCUAGGAAUCAAACACUUUGCAGAGAUGCACUCAUGCCUGGAUCUCACCCAGGCUUCCCUCGACUACUGCCACAGGCAUUUUCAGGCUGUGGUUAAAAAUGAUGAGUUCUUGGCUCUUGAUGAGAAGGAGGUCGAAGCACUAGUCAAGAGUGAUGAUGUCCAUCUAGGCUCAGAAGAAAUGAUGUUCGAGGCUCUGAUGUCCUGGACCAGGCACGAGAAAGAGAGCCGCAUGGACAGUUUACCCAGACUGCUGAGUCAUGUUCGCCUGCCAUUACUUUCACCGAAGUAUUUGACUGACACAAUUGAUAAUGAGCCUUUAAUUAAACGAAAUCAUGAAUGUAGAGAUUUGAUUGAUGAAGCAAAAAGAUUUCAUCUUCGACCAGAAUGCCGUGGCCAAAUGGAUAGUGUUCGCACCAAGCCAAGAACAGGGGCAGAUGAAAGACUAGUGGUUAUAGGAGGGUUUGGGAGUGAGCAAAUGCCCCUUUCAACAGUUGAGGAGUAUAACCCUAAAACAGAUGCCUGGACAUUUCUUCCUGCAUUAAAUAAAAGAAGAAGGUAUGUUGCUGCUGCUUCCCUGAAGGAUCGGUUGUAUGUAAUAGGAGGCUACGAUGGAACGGCACGGUUAAAUCUUGUUGAAUGUUUAGAUUGUUGUAAAGAAGAAAAGGCUAAAUGGACGAGACUCUCACCAAUGAAUACAAGACGUGGACUAGCAGGAGUUACUGUUAUUGGAGAUGCUAUUUAUGUGGCUGGUGGAUUUGAUGGCUCCAUGAGGCAUUCUUCACUCGAAAAAUAUGACCCCCAUAUAGAUCGAUGGAAUGUUCUGAAAGAAAUGGAGAACGGCCGAGAAGGAGCAGGUCUCGUAUCAGCUGGGGGUGUGAUGUAUUGCAUCGGUGGUUAUGAUGGUUUUCGGAUUCUGAAGUCUGUAGAACAAUUUGACCCUGCUGCCGGUCAGUGGCACAGAAUCGCACCUAUGCUUGUCCCAAGAUCAGGUGCUGGAGUAUCUGUCCUCAAUGACAUGAUCUAUGUUAUUGGUGGUUAUGAUGGCAAUGGUCAUUUGUCUUCAGUUGAGUGCUACAACCCAAGAACAAACACUUGGAGACCAGUAGCAAACAUGUCACUGCCCCGAUGCUACGUUGGAUCUGUCACACUGAAGGGGAAGCUAUAUGCAGUAUCAGGAUAUGAUGGCUCAAAACUAUUAAAUACCGUAGAAUGGUACGACCCGGUAAAAGACGUUUGGGAAACUUUGCAGUUUAAUAUGGACAUGCAGCGCUGCGAUGCUGGAGUAUCGGUCAUCAGACGAUUUUGACAGUAACAAUGUUAGAAAUAUAGUGAUAUGUGGUAAAGUGACAGUCACACAUGUUAAUGUGAUACUUAGUCAGUUCUGUACCUACUUUCUAAGACCAAAUAUAAAAGAAAUUUGGGUUAUUUUCAAGGAAAAAACUCCACUUUUUUUCACUACCUCUGUUCACAUACUCUACAUAGCCCUGUUCGAUGCCAGAUCAGGCCUGGCCAGGCCUAGUGAAACAGAUAUUCAUUGCUGUCAAUAAAUGAUGUAGUGGCCAAAGAAAGUUAGUGAAAUAGAGCAGAAGAACCAUAAUUUUGUUUGCCUAACUGCGGCACAUGGUUCUUUACUUUUAAUUUAAAGAUUGUAGGCUCAAGUCUGAUCUUGUUUACCUUUGUUCAAGGCAAUAGUGUUUUGCUUGGGCAAGACACUUUUUGCCUCUCUUCAACAAAGAGUAUAAAUGGGUACCUGCUAGAAUGUGAAGGAGUUCUUAUAAUAAUAAUAAUAGAUAUUACAGAGGUCUCUAUGUGCUCAAGUGUAUAAAAAACAAAUAACAUUGACUUUUUUUUUUUUUUUUUUUUUGAGUGAGGGUUUAAGUGAAAUGAACUUUUAAACUGGUGCAGAAUUAUUCACCAGAAUAGAGAUACUUCCCAGAGUAUAUGGAAGUUGCACAUUGUGUGUAAUUGAUUCUGUAAUCAAUGACAAGGGAAACAUUAUGUGUAGAUACUUUGGAUAUUAUCAAAUAUACAAUUCAAAAAUAUAAAUAUAAAAUACAUAUAAGUUUCAUUUCAAUACUUUUAAUAAAAUGGCUCUAUGGUGCAAUGUAUAUUAAAUAUAUUUAUUUUACAAUAUCUAUAUAUUAUAUCAACACAUCUAAUUUAUAUAAUUUAUAGGUACUGUAUAUCAAUUUAGCCUAAUCAAUGUCCUUGAAAGUAACUGUGUAGAUACUUUGGACAUAAAUUUCAACCAUAUUGAAAAAUAUAUAUGUACAUAUAGGUUUCAUUUCAGUACUUUAAAGAAAUGACUUUAUGGUGCAAUGUAUAUAUACAUAUAUUUAUUUUACAAUAUUUAUAUAUGUCCACACAUCAAAUUUAUAUAAUUUAUCGGUAUAUCA